UGACUCAUGCCUGGGGAAUUCCUGCCUUGGGGCUUGGCAGGAGAGAACCUGCAUAAGUGAAAAGGUUGAUUCUCAUGAAAAAGGUCAUGAAGAAUGGAGAGUGUCGAAGAAUCUAUCACAAUUUUGUCUCGUCAGGAGGGAUUUGAUUAUGAAUUUGUCCCUCCACUUGACCCCAAGUAUGAGUGUGCCAUAUGUCUACUGGGAUUGCGCUCACCCAUACAAACUACAUGUGGUCACCGCUUUUGUAAAGACUGUAUCUUCAACUGUAUGAGUGAGAGCAGUAGCCGCUGUCCAGUUGAUAAUACUCCUCUCACAGAAGUUGAUUUAUUCCCCGACUCAUGUGCUGAACGUGAGAUAUUGCAGCUUAGUGUUAAAUGUCCAAAUCAUGGCUUGGGCUGUAGGCGAACAGUUGACUUGAUGUAUAUAGAGCAUCAUACUCAAGCUUGUUCAUUUCAGCCAGUCAUGUGCCCUAAUGAAUGCUCAGCAACAGUGUUACGGAAAGAAGUGGAACAGCAUCUGAGUUCAGAAUGUGUCCUGCGGGUAAAGAAAUGUGCUCUCUGUGAGCAGCCUUUCACUUUCAAUCAGGAGCAA